AUGGUCGCAGCGAGCUCGCUGGCAUUCUUGUUCGCUGAGAUGGUUUCAUAUACCCAAGGUCGGGUCAGCGGGAUAGGAGAGCUCGAAAAGAAACUAUCACUCCUAGGGUACCACCAUGGUCAGCGUCUUCUCCCUCUACUGCACUCUCGGCUUGAGAGCCCAUCAGGCGGUGGUUCAGCCAGCUCCUCCAAGAACCCAAAAAGGGAAAUCAGACUAUUGCCCGCCUUGCUCUGGGUUCACGGUCAGGCAUGGAAGGCUCUCUUUGGCAAGCAGGCAGAUAGUCUGGAGAGGAGUACAGAGCGCAGCGAUGAAUACAUGAUCUCCACCAAUACUCCACUCUACUCGAAGGGGAUGUCAAUACCCAAGGACAUGUCGCAGCUCUCCGUAGAGGCAUAUACCGCCGGCAUUGUCGAAGCAAUCCUUGAUGGAAUGGGCUUCCCUGCUAGGGUCACCGCUCAUUCAGUUGCUACGCCAGAAUACCCGCAGAGGACGACAAUACUCAUCAAGCUAGACAAGUCAGUGAUGGAGAGAGAAGAGGCCUUGGGUACUUGA